UCAUAAUUUUCAUAUCAAAAUGUAAAAUUUUGCUUUGCGUUGUGAAUCAUUUGUAUCUAAUUCAUUACAGUCUGUGUACUUGUGAAACUCAGUAUGAAGCUAUUUUUUGUGAUUGUCGCAUUGUUUCUGAAUCAGAACAGAGUUUUAAGUUGCAUAAUAUCUGAAGAUAUAGAAUGCUCCUGUGAUAACAACGAGAUUGAAUGUGUGGGUAAUGCAGAAGAUAUAUCUAGUGUUCAAAAACUGUUCGUUAACAUCUCUCAGAUUCAAUUUACAAACAUGAGAGAACACUUGAUUCUCAAUUUGACAAGUCUGACUUUUCCUGCUGAUCUAAAUAUGACAGAUUUAAAUAUUUCAAGUUUAAGCAUACUAGGAGGAUUGGAAGACUCGAAAAAUGAUUUUUUUGGACCAGGAUGGAGAGAUUUAAAAGCACUGGAAAUUCAAAACAGUGAUAUUGGGUUACUCGAGGAUCAUCUUUUCUUUUCACUGCACAAUCUCAUUGCACUAAAUUUAGAUUCUAAUGAAAUUUCUGAUAUAGAUCCUGGAGUAUUUUUUAGUUUGGAAAAACUGGAAUACCUAAGCCUGUCCAAAAAUCAGCUUAAAAUGACUAGUAGAGAUCUCCUCCAGUAUUUGCCAAUGCUUCAUACAUUGAUCUUAAAUGGAAAUAAUAUCUCUUUUAUUUCCAAUAUAAGUAUAGUAUCAGAAUCUUUAACAAAAUUUUCAGCUCAAAAUUGCAAGAUAGGAGGUUCUUUGGAAGAGGAUUCAUUAUCUGGAACACCCAAUUUAACAUACAUCGAUCUAAGUUUAAAUCAAAUUGAAAACAUAAAUUCUCAUGCUCUCUCUAGUUUAGCUAAUGUUGAAACAUUGAAUAUGAGCUAUAACAGCAUCGAUAGCCUUGGAAAAGACGCUUUCUCCAAAAUGAAAAAAUUAGUAACUCUGGAUUUAAGUAAUAAUAAAAUCAAGCAAAUGAAUACAGGAACUUUUGCUCAACUAACUCUGCUCAGGAAUUUGAAUUUAAGCAUGAAUAUGCUAAAAGCCAUGCUUUGUGAUUAUACUUCUAACUUGUAUUCUUUGGAAACCUUAGAUUUGAGACACAAUGUCAUAAGAAUAAUUUCUCCUGGAACACUAUUAAGCAGUCUUAACAUUAAAGAAUUGCUGUUAAAUGGUAAUAUAUUGGAUGAAACAGUUUGUUUAUCAAAUUUGACAAAAUACGUAGACAUUGCUUUGUCUGAUAAAGAUUGUAACAUGGCUGAUUCCUGCGUAUCUGAUUUAUCUGAAGCUGACACUGAAGAUGAUUAUUAUUUAGAUGAGGAAGAAACUACUAUAAGUACAGCCACAACAUUGAAUGAAACUAUGGAUGAAACAAAAUACACACCAUUAUCAUCCACCACAAAUAUAAGAACCACAACUAGUUUUAUACCUACAGACAUAAGUACAGAAACAGAGUCUCCAGAGUCUUCCUUCUUUACAGCAGAUAACACUUCAUUGUAUGAAACAGAACAGACAACUAUCAGUAUCAAAACAGUAAGUGAUUUUCCUCAUACAACAAAAAAUUACAUAUCUGAAGAAACACAACAAACAACUAUUAGUGUCAAAACAGAAAGUGAUGUUCCUCAUACAACAAAACAUCACACAACUGAAGACAAAAGUGAAGAAACUGAACAAACCACUAGCAAUGUCAAGACUGAGAGUGAAUUUCCUAUAACAACAGAAGGAUUUCAAACAGAAAGUAAUGGGACAUUUGAUAACAUAUUAUUUGGUAAUAGCAAUGAGAGUACUACUUUCAUACCUGAAAUAACUGUAAAUGAUUCAACUCAAACAGAUUCAUUAUUUAAAAAUGGAACAGAAAGUGAAGGUAACAGUGAAACAAGUUCAACUUCGCUAACAGAUGAUGUUAUAACAAGAAAUCGUUCUACAGAUUACUUUGCAUUCUCGACAGAGAACAUUCUAAUUACUCAAUACAACAAGAGUGAGUUUUCUCAGACACAAGAAGAAAGCACUACACUUGACAUGCAUUCACCUACAACUUCUCAUAAUGUAACUACUGAAGAUGAUUACUAUGAUUAUGAUGAUGAAAUAUUAUCACCAAACCCGGAGAAGAUAUUAACAACAUCAGCAACCAUUCAAAAGGAAAAAAUAAUUGACAACACAAAAAUUAUUCUAGUUAAUUAUACAGUUGUAGAUGAUAAACUGUGUGUUGAAUAUACAAUACAAGGAGAUUUACUAAAUGACUCAAAAUGUGUCCUACGAUCUGAUUUAAUCAAAGGAAAAAGAGGUUUUGACCAUAUAAAAUGUCCACCACCAGGCAGUAAACAACUCCACUGUAGAUAUAAUGAUAUGUAUAAAUUUUGCUUGAUUUUAUUCAUCAAUCAUGCACCAAAAAGUACAGAAUGUUCAAACCAGCUAUUGCUUGAAACUUAUAAUCAUAGUAGUCUUCCAACCACCACAGAAUUGUCCAAUAUUUCUAUAAAUGUUACAUCUGUUGACUACACAACGGAUGGUGUUACUACUUUUUUCCCAUCAACUAAAAUACAAAUAAAAAACUCAACAGUCAAUUUUGAAUUCAAACUUCUCUCAUUUAAUGUCGAUUUCAAUGAUACCCUUUAUGCUCUGGCUAUUUGGACGGUAAAUAGGAAUCAGUCGUUAUCAGUUUGUAAUUUGACAUUAAGUUUGUCCUCAUCAAGGGAAAUUGUUAAAAAAUCUUAUUUCUCUUGCUCAAACUAUUCUUAUCCAUUUUUAAUGGAAGAUAACAUUGAUGACAUUUGUUUGACAGCAUAUCACAAACUGUUAAGUUCGGAAACAAAAUGUAAAAGGAAAGUGAUAAUUGACAUAGGUGCAGUAGCAUCUAGAAAGAAAGAUCACGGAUUCAAGAACACAUCUUUAAUUGCAUUAGGUAUCCUAUUACUCAUAGUCACAGCAAUAAUUAUUCUCCUUAUUAUUCGGAAUUUGACUAAGAAAAAACUAAAUAAAGAUAGAUAUAAUGUAUAUUUCGAAGAACAAAAUGUGCAAAAGAGAUUUUCUUCAAUUCAUCAAGACACAGAUGUUCGUUAUUCGUUUAUACCAAAAGAAUGAAACUUUGAAUUGUGAACAAAGUGCAGUUUAUAAUUUUCUAUUCAAAAAUUUAUUAAUUUCUAGCAGCUUUAAAGGUUCCACAUUUAUAUAGAAACUGUAAUGGACUUAAGUUUCAGUAUGUAUAAAUGUAUCAUGUUCUUCUUAAAAUUAAAACAAAUGUAAAAAUUUUGUGAUAAA